AUGAGCGAAACCGUUGUUGACGGAGUUCAGAGACUCCCUGAAAAUGGAAUAAGCGUAAUCAUCAUUGGUGCGGGUGUCUCAGGAUUGCAAGUGGCAUUAGAAUCCUGGCGAAAAGGUUGUGAUGUUGUGAUUAUUGAGAAAGCUCCCGAGCUGUCGCCAGUAGGGGACUUUUUCACCAUUACUCCAUCAGCCCUAACAACGCUAAAAUGCUACCCAAGCAUGCACAGCGACUACCAUGAAAGGAUCUACAAUUGCUCGACUCAUGUCUACACACCUUCAGGAGUUCAAAUACACUCCAAGUUUCCGGAAUGGAGGCAACCGGGUGUUGUCACAGCAGCACCUGACGUUGAUAUCUCUUUUUUGAAAAGGCGUCCUGUUUUUGCAAAAAUGCAACUGGACCAGGUGACACGCUUGGGAAUUCCGAUAUAUUGGAACGAGUCCGUAAUUGCCGUCCAUGAGCAUGAAAACUCCGUAAAUGUGGUUACUGCUUCUGGUCAAGAAUUUACAGGUGACGUAUGUAUCGGAGCAAACGGCAUCUCUUCUAAGAUUUCCGGAUUCGAUGCUGGACCCGACGUCGCUGUUCAAGAUAGUGGAUAUGCAAUCGCUCGCGUGGCUUUUCCGCGUUCGUCGAUUAAAAGUGACUCGCUAGCAUCGACACUCCUCAAGACCAUCGAUUCUGAACCCGAGUUCCGGGUCUACGUGGGCAAAGACAUACAUCUAAUUCUGUUCCUCACCCCCGAUUGGGUUGCGUUCGCGUUCACACAUGCGGACUCGGAUAAUGCUAAAGAAACAUGGACCAAUCUAAAACGGCCAUCUGAUCUUAUCCCGUAUUUGGAAAAGGCAGCUGAUGAAUGGGACCCCGCUGUGCUUGACUUUGUCCGCUCAGCGCCACCCGAAAUCGUUGAUUGGAAAUUGAGAUGGCGUGACGGUGCAGAGCAGUGGACUUCAGAUAGUGGCCGUCUCAUUCGCCUCGGCGAUGCUGCUCAUGCCUUCUUUCCGACGGCUGGAAAUGGGGCAGUGCAAGGGCUUGAGGAUGCUGUAUCGCUAGCGGAGUGUCUUCGAAUUGCCGGUAAAGAAUUUAUCACAAAGGCGACCAAAGUGCAUAACAAGCUAAGAUUUGAGAGAGUGAGCAUCCUUCAGCAAACAGGCUUCAUAAACCGAGAGGAGUUGCAUACCGCCGAUACCGCUGCAGUAACUGGGAAUCGCGAGAAGGCAAAUAUUGGUUUUUUCAAAAUCGGCCGAUGGGUUUGGAACCACAAUCCCGAACAUUACGCUCGUGACAACUAUGAUCAAUGCCUGGCACAUUUAGAGACUGGUGCACCAUUCCACAACACAAAUUUGCCGCCCGGGCACGUUUAUCAGCCAUGGAGUUUAAGUUCAGAAACUGAGCGCAUGAGAGCCGGUAUCAAAUCAACUCUGAAGGAGAAUGGUGAUUGGAGUGCAUAG